AUGAAUCAUAAUUUGAACGAUGAAAAUAUUGUAGACCAUCUUUUUGGAGAUUUACCUUCUGAUGAUAACAGUCUCACUGAUAUUGAUGAUUUUGAUGACCAUGAUUAUUUACCAUCUCAGCAAAAAGCAAUUGAAGUCGUCGAAAGUAGUUCAUCUGACGAAAUGAAGAAGGUAACGAGCUUGAAAAAAACUAUUUCUCGCGCCCUUUUUGAACCGCCAUCGACUAUUGACAAUACCAUCGUAGAAAAUACACCAGAAUUUGAAUUCACACCUCCAAAUUGGUCAAAAAACUUCACUUCAAAUUGGCCUCCAUUGCCAGAUUUUGAAAGUCCAGUAGGGCCCAGUGAUUCUGUUGAUACAUUUCAAUGUCAUACGCCUUAUUCAAUUUUUAACUAUUUAUUUUCUGAUGAAAUAAUCCACAUGUUAGUAGAACAAACAAACUUAUAUUCAUUUCAAAGAAAUCAGAAAAAUGGUAAACCUUACACUCAAACUAAUAUACAAGAGUUAAAGACUUUUUUUGGUAUAAAUUUGUUGAUGGGUAUUAAACGUAUGCCAAGUUAUAGAGAUUAUUGGUCGUCGUCUCCAGAUCUCCAUGACUCGUAUAUUAGUAAGUUAAUGACAGUUAAUCGUUUUGGGUGGUUACUUCCGACAUUACACAUAAAUAAUAAUGUACUGAUGCCAAAAAGAGGAGACAUAGGAUAUGACAAACUUUUUAAAGUACGACCUUUUUUAACAAAAAUCAAAAAAAAUUUCCAAACAUAUUAUAAUCCACACCGUAUAGUCGCAGUUGAUGAAUCAAUUGAUUAA